AUGUUAAGAGAGUUUAAAUCUAGAAGCAAGGCCAAAGUUAUUCUGGAAUCAGGUUUAUUCAUGCUCAUUUUGUUGUUCCUGUUUGUUGGAAACUCCUUAACACCCCUGGUUAUGUUGUUAAACCGAGGAAUGCGAACAAUUCCAAACAUGUUCGUGGCAUCACUCGCCGUCUCCGACUUAUUACUAGGAGUUUUGAGUGUAGGCCCUUUACGCAUCCCUACAUUAGUGACUUCUCAUUGGCGUUUUAAUGACACGAUCUGUCAAUUUCAAGGUUUCAUUAUUAUUACGUUGGUUGUUGCAUCGAUUCAAACAAUGGUCUUAAUGGCGGUGAACAGAUAUUUUAGAAUCGUCAAAUCGACAAAGUACCGCCGUUACUUCACCAAGACGAAAACCCUAACUAUGAUUUUUGUGACAUGGCUCUAUUCUAAUUGUGUUCCACUAAUUCACUUGCUAAGAGGGAAAAAAAUGAUCUUUCAUCCCGCCAAGUUCUUCUGUUCUUUUCCAAUCGAAAGCAGUGCAUUUCUGGCCUAUGGUUUUCGGCUUUACGUAGGGAUUCUUACUUGCGUUAUCAUCUACUGCUACUUUAGAAUUUUCACAACAGUUCGCCACCACAAUAACAAUUUUCCUGGCAAUCCAAUAAGCAUGGUAAACGUAGAAGAAGUUAAGGUGGCUCGCACCAUAUUCGUAGUGGUGGUGUUUUUUAUUCUGUGUUGGAUUCCAGUCUUAACAAUUGACCUUGUGGACACGGCUCGCCAAAAGUGGACCUUCCCUCCCGAGGCUUACCUGGCAUAUACAUUUAUGGCCACAAUAAGCAGCGCUUUGAAUCCCUUCAUUUACGGCGUGCUCAAUAAGAGUUUUCGCAAGAAUUAUCUGAAGGUACUACGUUGCAGAUGCUGCCGUUCUCAAGCUGUCGUAGAGCCAUUGACUAUGCGAGUAAGAGCGAGUGUUGUCGCCAUGGGACCAUUGCCUUAAUUAAAAGAUACAGAUGGAAACGAAUAAGCAAUUUAGAUUGUGUCACAUUUAACUUUUCUUACCUGCAGUGUGACAGCUGGCCUGAUCUAUUUUCUUAUCUCAACAUUGCAUGAGUCUCGAAUAAUCAUCUUGCAGAGGUCGGCCCAUGAAGCAUUUUAUUUGUUGCAUAAAAAUGUAAUUAAAAACUGAAUCAUUGGAUAAUGCAAUUCUAGAGCUCUGAUCGGCUUAGCCAUCACUGCAUAUGAGCCAGUAUACCAUGCUCUCCAAAUAUGGUAACUGUAUGCGUCUGCUCAAAACUAAAAACUUGUCUUUACAAAUAAAGUCGGGAAGAAUUCUCGAUAUUUUGUGGACGUUAUUAAUAAAACAAUUAUUCCACUCCCUCUUGUUGAAUAUGAGAUGGCUAUAGCCCACUCGGCGCUACGCGUUGGCUAUCUACCAUCUCAUAUCAACGCGCACUCGUGGAAUAAUUGUUAAAUAUACAAUAAGGGUUGGCCAGGGGGAUUAGUAAUAUACCAUUAUACCCGAAAUGAAUUUUGCCAAUUUACAGGAGCAUUACUUUGGUUGCUGCCUCGAUUCACACAUUGGCCGUUUUCACACUUGAGACUGACUAUCUGCAUGUUCAAAACCCGUCAAAAUUGACGGACAAACAGACAGAAAAAAUCAGACCAAUUUUUCGUCCAAAAUUAGAACCGUUCCGUUUUCACAUAAAGACUGAUUAUUAUUCAAAGGAUAACCCGUCUGAGGCGGAUGAUCCUCUCUCGUGUGAAAACGGUCAUUGGCCUUAAUGACGGUAAACAGGUGUUAUAGAUUCGUCAAACCAGCCAAUUAUCGCCGCUAUAUAAUCACCGAGAAGGAACCCUUAGAGAUGAUUCUUGUGUGGUGGCUUUAUUUCAUUUGCGCCUUAUUUUAUCCUCCAAUCGAAAACAGUGCAUUUAUGGCCUAUGGUCAACAACUUUAUCUACAGGGUUUCCAAACAAACUGCAUCAUCUUUUAUCGUUAUCUUAGAAUCUUCAAAACCAUUCGCAGUCAUAACAAUUUUCAUCUAUCUGGUAAUCCAAUGAACGCAUUAAACGUAGAAGUUAAGGUGGCGCGCACUGUAUUCGUCACAGUGGUAUUUUUAAUCUGUGUUGGACAACUUUCUAAAGAUGGAUCUUUGUUCCUGAGGUUUCCAUCGCAUAAGCGUUUCUGGCCACUUUAUGCGACGUGAUAAACAAGACAAACAAGAGCUUUCGUGAGAAUUGUUUGAAGUUGCUACGCUGCAGGUAGUCGGCACUACCGGCGUAAUUAAAUAAAUAAAUAAAUAAAUAAAUAAAUAAUCACACCUUCGGAAGCAAGUAAUUGUCUCCUGAGCGUUAUAAUUGAACCUACAAACAACCGACAUAAGCAUUGAAAAAUUGUUAGGCCUAAUUGACAGUGUUAUUGUUGGAGGAGGAGCUUUGAUGGGGACUAGGUGAUUCCUUCAACAACAUAACCAAGUCUUUGUGUUCAUCUCGAACAAAGUUUUCACAGUGACUAUCUGCAGGAUCGCACUCUCAAGUAACCAUUGCUGCACCUCGUUUUAAUAGUUGCCAAUAAAGCCAUCUGCUUAACCCAAAUUGAUGCUUACGGAAGUCUGAUUUUGGAUUAUGAAUUAGCGCUUACAAAUUCAAAGUGACAUAGUAAAGGUAAGAGAUUGCUAAUUUAUACUAAAAAACUUAACCGAUUUUGAAAACUAUUUUUAAAGCUUUCGGUGUUUACCUUAGGUAACAGGCUACAAAUACAUCUUAGCUUUGUCGAAGUCAUAGGGUAUUGAUAGUGUACAUUAAUUUGUAAAAAUUAGCAUAACGUCGAAACAGUGAAACAAAAGUUCUUGACACUGAAAGCAACCCGUUUUUUAAAAGCAAUAAAAUAAUAAUUUCCUGUUCGUCAAAAUACCAUAAGGACACACCGCUAGUACGGAUUCAAACACUACUAUUAAUGAAAGUGAGUAGCGGAAAGCCUUAUCUUAAUUAAUGUUUAGUUUGCAUGUCUAAUUUCCUUGCACAUUUUCCCCUUUCCUCUUACCUUUCACUUUUAUUACCUUUUCUGUUGUCCUAGUCACUUAUCUUGCGUUUGAAUUUUGUUGUUACUUCCAUCAACGGUUACUUCUGAAGAUUUAUGUAAGUGUAGCAUACGAAACGUCGAGAUAAAAGUUGAAUUUUUUUCCGCAAUGCGUUUUUUCCUAAUGUUUAUCAACGCAGUUUGUGGGUUAUUUCUUACAAUAAAAUAGUUCAAAAGUGGAAAGUGUUUUUCAUCCCAACUGAACUUCAUCAGCCACUAUAAAAAUGUGAUUUUGAGAAUGAAUAUAUCGAGAGAGCUGAAAAAGUGUCUGCAACUGUCUCUAUUCGAAGAGGGCAGGGGUCGGGGAAGGCUUUCGUAACCGGAUCUCAAUUACCUCCCAUCAUUUUCCUACCUACUUUUGCCUGUUUUUGAAGCUCUUCUCUUGGCAAAAAAUGUUGUUAUGACCCAGCUUUUCAUUGUGAGUUUUGGGGUAGACCAUUUUCACUGGUAGUCUGAUCUGAAAAGUCACCCGUCUCCUCGCCCCCCUCCCCCCCCCUCCCCCUCAAACCGGCGGCAUCAUCAUCAAUCAUCAUCAAUCUUUAUUUAUACACGAAAUCGUAUCAUUUUACAUGGUCUUCCUAGGAAUCGUGUUUAAAACUAGACUAAAAUACUCUAAGGAACUAUUGACUAUAAUGCUAAAAAUACAAAAACUUACAUUACGAAUAAUAAGAGUUACAAUGGGUCAUGGUGUAUUAGAAAAAUCUUUCCCAUCAAUUGAAGUUUUAAAAACAUUUAAACUAGGCAGUUUUCUAAUCUCUGAGGGAAUCUUGUUCCACAGAACAGAUCCCCUGUAGUGUAGGCUCCCUUUUGCAGACUCAGUUCUGGGUCUCGGGACAUAAUAAUUUAACUCAGAAUUUCUAAGAUUGUGUGAAUGUACAUUUGAGGUGUUGGCAAACCCGUUGGGGGUAGGGCGAAGAGACGGAUGAUAUUUCAGACUAGUUAACUUGCCAAGUUGCAUUGAAAUCAAAGCGAUAGCAUGUAGCACACCUGCCUGGUGCACCAAUCGACUCACUCUUAAUAUUGUUCUGCCUGACGUUUAAUUGCACAGGUAGCCCAAGCUCACUAUGAGAGCCCUGAACAACAUUAUCCUAUUUAGCUAAUAAACUAUUCAUAACGGCAACAAUUAUAAGACGUUGUAUGAGAAUUACCCUAUUUCUCCAUAAUUGAGCGAAACAUGCAUUAAAAGAUGACAAUAUAGUUUCUCUCUACUGUCAGCUCUCAAAAGGGCAUUAAACAGUGCCUAGGAGGUCUGAAAUGCAGCCUGAACGCAAAGAAAAACAAGAAGACGCUAAAUGUAAGCUUCAAAGCAAUAUUCAAUGCAAAUUUUGCUAAUUUAGUGAGCAAAGAAUAUUUCUCAUACAACGUCUUACAGUUUUCUUGCUGUAAGAAUGAUUAAUUAACUUAGAAGGGUAGUGUUCUCGGGUUCUUGGCAUUCUAAGAGGCCCGAAAAGAAGUCAACACACAAAUAAACAUAAGAAAAUACAAAAUGCAAUCUUAAAAGGAAAAGUGCAUGUUCCUCUCAAUUAUAGAGAAAUAGGGUUAUUAUCAUACAACGCCUUAUAAUUGUUGCCGUAUGUUGCUCUCAUAGUGAGCUUGGGCUAGCUCUGACGUUCGUGGCAGAAUCCACUUUACGUGUCCCCGAGAAACACCUGCCCCUCGUUGAUUAAAACUAAGCUAUAAAACUUUGAGCACGAGGACUGAAUAUUGCUAAAGGUAGUUGACAAUAGUCGAUCUCGGAGCUCAGUUUUAUAAGGUAUUAGUUUUAAUCUACAAGGAUUUGGAUACUGCCACAAGGGAGCUGCUGUUUCAAGAAAACCUAAACGAACCACAGGUAACUGAAAUCUCUUGUUACUCUAUUCCACUUUGUGUAUUAUAUACCCAAAUAUCAAUUGUGGUUCUAUUUUAAAUCCUUAAUGUAAUAUUUGGACGGAUGAUUUUUCUAGAUUUUCUACUGCAAAGUAAUAGUAACACAAGUAAAACACGACAAAAAAGUCAAAUUUAACGUAUGUUUACACGCAAUAAUUUUUUCAGUGGCAGAAAUCCAGUUCUCAAACUCAUUAAUAAUUCAUUAAGAAAAUACAAAGGAAAUUAAUGUUUAAUGAGUGUUUGGAAAUCGGAUGAAACACUGCUUAGUAUUUGCAUCCUUAAUUUCUCCUUCAAAAAUGAUUUUGUUUGAGAAGAAAUAUCAAACAUUCGACACAGUGUUUCAUCACCAGAUGAAACACCUCGAAGUUCGUCAAAAAUACUCCGCUGCGCGUCGUAUUUUCAACUCUCUUCUCGGUGUUUCAUCUGGUGAUGAAACACUGCAUCUCCUGUUUGAUAUAUUACUUAAACACUCUAGUUCAUAAAAUUAACGAGGUUUCCUUGUCAAGUUUUCCUUUAAAGAGAUUCUUCAUAGUGGGCGAGUUAAGACAUCAGUUGUAAUCCUUCCCCUGGCACAAUACCUCGGCUCUUUCAGUGAACUCUUUUAACCCUUUGUGGCGUAUAUUUUUUCUUGCUAGAAGGAACUGAUUGACGCUUAAAAAAAUGGAUUCCACAGAGGACCAACUAGCAGAAAUGUUAAGAGAGUUUAAAUCAAGAAGGAAAGACAAAGUUAUUGUGGAAUCAGGUUUAUACGUUCUUAUUGUGUUCUUUCUGUUUGUUGGAAACUUUCUUACACUCCUGGUUAUGUUGUUAGACCGACGGAUGCGAACAAUAGCAAACAUGUUCGUAGCAUCACUCGCUGUUUCAGACUUAUUGUUAGGAGGUUUCCUUGCAGCGGCAUUACUCAUUCCACCAUUAGUGACUUCUCAUUGGCCAUUUAACGAUACAACCUGCCAAUUUGAAGAUUACUUAGCCAUUGCAUUGUGUUUCGUUUCGAUUCACACAUUGGUCUUGAUGGCAGUGAACAGAUAUUACAGAAUCGUCAAACCAGCAAAGUACCGCCACUACUUCACAAAGAAGAAAACCGUUAUCAUGAUACUUGUGACAUGGUUCUAUUCUAUUUGCGCUCCACUAAUUUACAUGCUACUUGGGAACAAAAUGGUCUUUCAUCCUUCAAAGUUCUUAUGUUGUAUUCCAAUCAAAAACAGUGCAUUUUUGGCCUACGGUAUUCCGCUUUACAUAGGGAUUCCAACCUGUGUUAUAGUCUACUGCUACUUUAGAAUCUUUACAACAGUUCGCCAUCACAAUAGCAAUUUUCAUCUCCAUGGCAAUCCAAUAAGCACGGUAAACGUCGAAGAAGUUAAGGUGGCUCGCACCAUACUUGUUAUAGUGGUGUUUUUU